CCUUCCCGUUUCCUCGGCCAAUGUCAUGGACUCGCCUCCGAUGCUGCACUCGGUGAAGCUCUACGUGUACGACCUGUCCAAGGGCAUGGCUCGCCGCCUCAGUCCUAUCAUGCUCGGUAAGCAACUAGAGGGCAUCUGGUCUGGCCCUCCCCACCUGCUGUGGGCCUCAACAAUCAAGGAAUUCUAGCUGGCGGGUUCCAGCAGAAGGGCCUUCUGUGCCAUGGCUCCUGCCCUUUGGAACAUCUUACCCCUGAGGCACACCUCCAUAGUUGCCCACAGGGAUGAAUUCUUCUAUGGUAGUGGGGGAAUUUCAAGUUGUCCACCUGGUGGAACACUGCUUGGGCCUCCAGAUUCUAUUGUAGAUCUGGGAUAUACUGAAGUUUCAGAAGACCUCUUCUUAGAAUAUUUGUCCUCAUUGGGGGAAUCUAUAUUCCGAGGAGACUCCUAUAAUCUUUUUGAUCAUAAUUGUAAUACAUUCAGCAAUGAAGUGGCACAAUUCUUGACAGGGAGAAAGAUCCCUUCCUACAUUACAGAUCUUCCAGCUGAAGUCCUUGCAACACCAUUUGGACAAGCAUUACGACCACUUCUUGACUCCAUCCAGAUCCAGCCACCUGGAGGAAAUACUUUUAGCAGACAUAAUGGACAGAGCUAGCAAACACAUGAAAAAUAUCUCAAUUCACAAGGGCAUUUCUUUUUAAAACUCUACUGUAUUAGAUACCUAUCUUAUAAAUUCAUGCCAUGGUUCAAAAGUGGCAUUUUGGACUUGAUAGGGAGAAUAUUUAUUGAAUUGCAUGUCAUGUGGUGAUAUCAGAAGAAAUAUGGUCAUAAAAUCAAAUAAUGUAUUUGCUUAUUAAAUUUGUUUUUGUCUUGGUUCACUUUUUUAACAAUCCCCUACUGAGAAAGUAGAAAUUAGGAAAUCCACCUGCACAAACUAAAGUAAUGGUUAUCUUAGCCAUUUCUUCCCAAAUGUACUAAUUUCAUUACCAUUGUUGCAAUAUUUUCUAACCUCAAAGUUGUAAAUUUAACAAUAUUAAAAAAUAAGCUUGAACAUGCUUUAAUUUUUUAUAGGAGAAAAAAACUAAAAACAUUCACUGAGAAAUUAUUUUGAGUCAUACUUCUUAAACAGAAAAUAUAAGCCAGUCUGCAAUAGAAAUAAAUAUACACAGUAAUAGAUUUCUAAGUGAGGAUUGUUGAUGCCAAAAUAACCCUCUAUUGCAGUGGUUCUCAACCUUUUUAAUGCCGCGACCCCCAACCAGUCGUAAGUCGAGGACUACUCAACUGGUGCAGCACCGUUUGCAGAAUGGGACUUUUGGCGGGCUCAGCAGGGCAGAGACA